AUGCAUACAAACAGACAUAGAAUAAGUCAAGGUGGGAGAAAACGCUCUGGCCACUCCAGUCGGGUGGGACAAUGCGUGGAGGAAAGGAGGAGCAGAGAAAAGCAGACAUACGAGACGGUCAAGAUGGCGGCUAAUCUACUCCACGUGGUGCUUUAUCGAAGAAUCACGAUCAGGCCUCAGCGGCCGGACAACCUGGACCAAGUGGGCGAGAAGAGGAUUUGGGCAAAUGGGCAAAUGGGCAAAUGGGCGAAUGGGCGAAUGGGCAAUAAGGCGGAUCGGGCUAAUCGGAAAGGCAGACAGGCUGUCCGUCAUUGGGAUAGGAAGAAGACACAAAUGCACACAGACACUGGCGCAGAGAGGUCAGAAGCGAGAGGCGGGACAACGGAAGCAAGGAUCGUGCAGGGGAGGAGGCAAGUGCCGAUUUGGGCAAAUAAGGCCGAGGUGCAUCGUUCCGCAAGCUCGAUCUAUUCCUGCUGGACUUUCCGUGCGUCUCUCCCGACGUGA